GCGCCACCACUAGUACUGCGCCAGUAAAGGCAGACCCGCAGUACGUGAGUGUGUGAGGAAGGCCGCAGCCACAGUGAACCGUGGUGGUCUCCAGAUGACGCAAACCUUACGUGACAAGGUAGUACGCACACAACCUCAUGGCGCAUUGACCGUCAGUUCGGGUCAUGUGAACGAAUCGGACGGGACAUACCGCAGAAUUGGCGGGUGCUGAUAUCAGCCUUGUCCCUGCGUGAGGAAUCUGGCAACUUGCUGACUGGAGCAUUACGCUGACUGACAGGUGCAUUCUGAGAGAGAUCGUGUCAGCGCACGAACAACCCUGCAAGCCUGUCUGUGUGUCAUUGCGUCGUUUUCACACCUUGAGAUACGUACUACAGUAGGGAUUUAACUGUACGCCAUCUAUUGAAGAAGAUGCAACGUCGCGGACAAGACGUGUCAUUUUGGGCCGGGCGCAAACGGCCCUCAGGCCGCGUAGGCCGCCGUUUGUUGACGUUAGGCGUCGCCUUCCUCGUGACGAUCUGCCUACAGCUUGCCUUCUCUAGAACAUUUUCCACUGGAGACCAGAACAGAGUCCUAAAACCGUACAACAGCAGUGAGCUUCAGAGAUUAAGGGCCACGGAAGUUAAGGUUAGACGUCCACUCUACGUCGCCGUUCAGACGACCACUAGACACCUGCGCACUUCCGUGUCUGCGAUACAGAACACAUGGGCGUCCAAGACGGACGACGUGCAGGUGGAAUUCUUUGUCGACGUUUCCAGAAAGACGAGCCUAGAAACUCUCCACUAUCCUAUCGUUGGUCUAAACGGUACAGAUGAAACACAGAUGCUGAAGUAUCUGUGCGAGCGGCAGUGGUUCGAUUUCGACUGGUUCGCGCUGGCCAGAGACCAGACGUACGUCAAAACCGAUGAAGUGGUCACUUUCCUUAGACAGAAAGACAAACGAGAGGAGAUUAUAGUGGGUCACAUGGGGGAGGUUCUGCUGGGGGAGGCCGGCUGGGAACGGUGUGCGGACAGCGAUGUGGAGGACAUGGGGUUUUCCAGCGUCCUGGAUUCCAGUAUAACGCUCUUCAGCGCACCCGCCUUCAAAGAGAUCUGCUCAACUCUCGCGGCGUGUGAGAAGCAGUCUCGCGAGAGCACGGAGAGACAGAGCAAGUGCCUGGCCAACUACAUCGUCCAAAUCUGCGGCACAAAGACUACAAAAUAUUCCCGAUUGUUCUACGAGGCACAAGUCGAACCCACGUACUCAGGCCAGUCCAGCGUCACAUCUGGACCUUUUGACCCUGACUUCCUGUGGAGGAACACCCAUGUGACGUCAGCUCUGACGCUACAUCCGGUGAAGGAUGCCAAGACCACUUACCAGCUGUAUCACUACUUCCACGGAGCGGAUUACAGCAUCAGGAGAAGCUCUUGA